CGACACCACAAAGCCAACCAUGGAGUCGACACGCAAGCAGGAGUACCAAGUGCGCGACCUGCCCACGAGGUCCGUCACUCUCUUCCCGACGAGGGCGCAGGUGGUUCGAGACAUCAAGAAUGUCUUCCUGCAGCCUGGCACGAACCAAAUAACGAUCGUUGGGUUCUCGCCCACGGUCGAAGAGGAAAGCAUCAAGGUCGAGGGUUGUGGCUCGGCAAUGAUCACGGACAUCGCCGUGGAGCUGCUUCCCAACCGUGACAUCUUCGAGGAGAUCUACUCCUCGGGCGAUGAAGAUUCGGAGGAUGACGAGAGUGAUGACGACUCUGACGACCAGGGCGACGGAGACAACGUGCUCUUAACGGCCGUGCGAUGCAGGAUCGACAGUCUCCGUGAUGAGCUGGCCCAUGCCGUCGCAGGCGUCGCUAGUGCCGACGCGCAGCUCGCGAUCCUGGACGCCCACUACAACCGGAUUCACCCCAGGCACGGUAACAUCGAUAUUGUCGAAGCUAUUGCGCACUACAGGGCCGAGAGGUUGAACAUCUCCCGGGCGAGGAUCGGCGAGGCCAUCCACGUCAGGAAUCUGGAGAUGAAGAUCCAUCUUCAGUCUCAAGAGGAGAGCAAACUGGCCAAGAGCGACAGGAAGGAGCGUCGCAAGCACGAGAAGGCUAGCGAGAAGGGAAAGAAGCUCAGGCGCAAGGCCAAAGCCAAGAAGCAGCGCCGCCGCGAGGAGGUUCUCAAGGAGAAGCAGCGCCUGCGUGAGGAGCGCGAGUCCUUCUGGCCGCGCAAGACCUAUACCGUCCGCAUCUCGCUCGAGGCCGGCAACUUAAACAUGACGCCCAUGACCUCCAGGCGCAGCUCGGCCACGACGGACAUUUUGCACACCACCGUUGCCCGUGACAAGGACGCCUCGACGGAGGCUGAGAAGAGCGCCGCGACCGCCGCCUACAGUGCUGCGGCCGCCGCCUCUAGCGCUGCUACCGCCGCCUAUAGCAGCCUGCAUACCUGCGAUAUCUCCAUCUCCUAUGUGACAUCAGCCGCCUCUUGGACUCCUUCGUACGACCUUUCUCUCUCGACGAUCAGCAACACAGGCAUUCUCUGCUUUGACGCGCAGCUCACCAACAAGACAUCGGAGACCUGGGGUGGCUGCAAGAUUGUCCUGUCGACCAGCCAGGCGACCUUCUCGGGCAUCAAAGACGCUAUUCCCGUCUUGCAUCCCUGGCGCGUCAAGUUGGCCCCUAGGGGGGGCCAGGCCUGGGACGAUAUCGUUGAUUCUCGAGAGGAGCGUACCGAAGCCGAUCUCUGGCGCGGCCAGCAGAGCCUGGCGAUGCAGCAGGCCAAGCCUCGGACUGAGCUUUUCGGAGUCGGCAGUGUUAAGACCCAAGCCGUGCCCGAGCCCGUCCAGCUGGGCUCGAACCCGCACCAGAGCAUACCGUUUUCUCGCAUGCAGCAGAGCCUCACCCGACCCCCCGGGGCUGGAGGUAGCAUGCUUCGCAAGUCAGCCGCUCCCAAGGCCCGCGGCGCCCGCGACAGUCUCAUGCGCUCGGCGAGCAGCGCAAAGCGUAAGGCAGUCGAAGCCUACGGUCAAACUCCUACUUUCGGCGACUCUGACGAGUCCGAGGGCGAGGACGAAGCCACGAUCCUCCCGGAGCAAGCCCCGGAGCUUGCAUUCCCGGAGUCCCUGUUCCAGGAGACGGGUCUUUCCGAGACGUACGACCUGCCCGGCCUCAAGACGCUGGCUCCCGGACACACGGCCUCCAAGCAGCGCGUCGUCCGCGUGCCCCUGUCGGCGCUCGUCUUUUCGCACACCGUCGUGGCCAAGUACAAGCCCGCGGCCUUCCUCAAGGUCAGGAUCCAGAACCGCAGCAAGCUGACGCUGCUCAACGGCCCCGUCGGUCUGACUCUGGACGGCAGCUUCAUGGGCCGCUCCAAGCUCCCGCGCUGCUCGUCGGGCGACCUGUUCACCAUGAGCCUCGGCAUCGACCCGGCCAUCAAGGUGACCUACCCCAAGCCCGAGGUCAAGCGCAGCAUGCAGGGCCUGUUCGCCAAGGAGGAUAACCACGCCUUCACGCGCGCCAUCACGCUCAUCAACACGCGCACGGGCAUCAACGCCCGCCCGGCCGCGCUGGUCAUCUACGACCAGGUUCCCGUCAGCGAGGACGAGCGCCUGCACGUCCACGUGCUCGAGCCGCACGGCCUAGCCGCUGGCAUGCCCGGAGUCCCCGACGGCGUGCCGUACAAGGACCCGGCGCGCGGCGGCGGUGGCGGCGAAAAGACGGACGCCGGCGACAAGAACUGGGGCAAGGCCAUCGCCACGCGCAGUAAGGAGAACGUCGUCACCUGGGACGUCACGCUCAACGCCGGCCGCGGCGUCCGCCUCGGCCUCAAGUACACCAUCGGCUGGCCUACCAACGAGCACGUAAUGCAGUGCUAGGAUCAGGCCGUCGCCCGGACCGGCAGCAGCGGCGGUGGAGGCGACGACGUGCUCGGCAUUACGGAUGACUUGCCGCAUGGUGACCCCAUUGGCGCUGGUCUGGGUGACAAGGGACCUACUCCCGGCAUCGACCAGAAUGGGAAGAACACGGGCUUCGAGGGCCAGAAGGAGGACGAUAAGUUGAGCGGCAGCUUUGUUGGCCGCAGGAGUGGCAGUAUCAGGAGCAACACUCUCAAGAAGAUCUUCAAGCGCAAAUCGCUUAGGGGUCUUGUGGGUUAGGGAUGAGGGGGUCAACAGUCCCAGCAUCGACACCUUGCUCUCUUCCUUGCGUUAGCCCCCCCCCCCAUUGGGCUUUUUUUUUCAGACGCAAUAUUGUGGGAUAUCCUCCAUACCAAAUGGCUCGGAGUUGAUAGAGUAGAUACCAUGCAGUAAAUGAAAGUCAAUGUAGGA